AAGAGAAAUAAGAGUGGGAUGGAGAAUUGUCAUCUUGUCCUUUGUCUCAGUUCGCUAUCUGGCUCUCUAAUGAUUGGUAAGGUUGUGCCCGGAUCAGCUUUAAAAAUGGUAUUCGGUUUAUUCGGCUUAUUGAGAUGCCUGUAACAGCAAGGGCUCUGCAACCAUGUUUUUUCCAGCCACAACAGAACAGUGGCUGCCAAAAUUUUGCUGCUUUCAGUUUCUUUUGGUUACACGUGGAAUGCGGGGAGGGAGGCAGCCACUAGAAGGGAAAGGAUCUCAGAAAGAGUGUUGCUCUUGCCUUAAAUCCAGAUCUCCUUGAAAGACAGAAAGGAAAGGGUCCCAGGAAUGGGGGUUUCUUAAGCCCUUGCCUUAAACCCAGGUCUCCAAAAAAGACAGAAGAUGAAGUAUCCCAGAAAGAGUGAUAUCUUUACUCUGGUGCUUUUAAUCCAGUUCUUAAUGAAGGAUAUAAGGACAAAUGAUCCCAGAAAGAGUGGUAUCUUAACUCUGGUGCUUUUAAUCCAGGUCUUAAUAAAGGAUAUAAGGACAAAAGAUCCCAGAAAGAGUAGUGUCUUAACUCUGGUUCUUUUAAUCCAGUUGUUAAUGAGGGAUAUAAGAACAAACAAUGCCUAAAAUGAUGGGAAGGGGAGCCUGGGAAGUCUUCCCCAUUGCCACCAAUGGGCCAGAUUGAAUACAAAUCUUUCAGCUUCCCGAGUUGAAAAUGGAUUUUUGUCCUCACAUAUUAGGGAGGCUCCCGAAAAAUGGGUCAGGGCCCCACCAAAAUCCGGGACACUGAAACAGAUCAGGGUUUACUCGAAUUGCACAACCCUAAUGAUUAGGCAGAAAUCAAUUUCUACAGGCAAGUGAAUGCCCAAGAUGAUGGAAGAAGAGGCUGGAAGAAUGAAUUGGGGCAAGCACAUGGAGCAGCGGAGUGGAACGGGGAGCAGAACAGUAGUGACUGAAGUCAAUGAGGAAGUGAAUCUAUUCUGGGUUUUAGUUCAAACUUUAAAGAAACUAACCAAGUUCUUCACCCCACUUUGGAGUCAACAGUCACCAUUAAAAUGCAAAUCAGCAGGGUUACCUUUGAGCAUGCCCCCAGGCAGAUGACACAGAGUGCAUAACUCUGGAGAAGUCCUACUCUUUUUCUUAUCUUAGAAAUUAAAAACAAAUACAGAAUUAAUCACCACACAUCCACAGGGGUUAUUUUUCCAAAACAGGCCUCUAGCCUAUGAAACCUUUCAGAGGAAUGUGCAAGGCAAGGAGGGAGGGGCAAGACCCUGGGAAACAAAACAAAUAUGCCCUAUCAGGAAAAGUCAACUCCCUAUCACUCUUUCUUGGAAUGCUCCCCUUCCCUGUGUUGGAAAUGACAGAUCACCUGAAGUGUCAGCUUAACAAAGGCAUCUGAGAAUCGUUGACAUAUGAUUUCAUUGAACCAGGAAGCUUGAAACAGAGAGCAAUCCCCCACUCCCUCCCCACCUUGUGAAAGCUCCAGAUCUAAAUGAGAGUAUCAUCGUUAGCUCAUUGGUAAACCUUUCCAGAUGUGGCGGGCAGCAGCAGCCCAGAGCCUGGCUGCCUGCCAAUAGGUUGCCUGCAGCCUCUCCACUUUCCCAUGUCUGCAGUAAGAAGAACUGCAAUGCCUGAAUCUUGAAAGGGGAAGCGACACACAGGCAGAGCUGACAACAGACCUUUUCCCCCAAGGAAUGAGCCACCUUGCAGAGAGAGAAAUACAGAGAGAUUUGAGAGGGAAAAAAAUGGCUUUUUCUCCUGAGGCCCAGCUGGAGUGAUAUAUUUCUUUCUUUGACUGUGGAUGUGACGUUCCUGUCUCUGCAUGAUGGAUUGCCACCCAGUAAGAGCCCCUCUAAGAAGAUCCUUCAGUGAUCAUAUCAAAAGCUCCACGACCAAGGCUUUGGAUGCUCUCUGGAAAACUACAAGAGACCGGCGCCUGGCAGAGAUUGAGGCCAAGGAGGCAUGUGAUUGGCUGCGGGCAGCUGGGUUUCCACAGUAUGCACAACUUUAUGAGGAUCUUAUAUUUCCCAUUGACAUUGCUUCAGUCAAGAGGGAGCAUGAUUUUCUGGACAGAGAUGCCAUUGAAGCUUUGUGCAGACGGUUGAAUACUCUAAACAAAUGUGCAGUGAUGAAACUAGAAAUCAGUCCACAUAGGAAACGGAGUGAAGAUUCAGAUGAGGACGAGCCUUGUGCAAUAAGUGGCAAAUGGACUUUCCAGAGAGAUAGCAAGAGAUGGUCCCGGCUUGAGGAAUUCAAUGUUUUCCCUCCCAAGCAGGAUGUGAGCCCCUCAUCCCCAGAGGUGCCUUCCCUGAGCAGUGCAGCCAGUCAUGAAAGCAUGCUGACCGACUCCGGUGAUCAUCAGGAAGUCGUGUCAGUCCACAGUAUCAGCAGCAACAGCAGCCAUCCCACUGCCUCCCAGAGUGAAGCAGCCACGACUAGGACCAAUUCAGUUAUUAGCGUUGGCUCAUCGGGCAACCUCAUGACAAAUGAGGACUCCUUCAGCAGCUUGCCCUCACCUAAAGAGCUGUCAAAUUUUAGUUUCAGUGUGAAAGCUAAUGAGAAGAAUGCCAAGUCCAAAACAAGAAGCCUGUUGAAGAGGAUGGAGAGUUUAAAAAUAAAAAGCUCCCAUCAUGGGAAAAACAAAUCCCCUUCAAAGCUUGGGCUUAUCAUCAGUGGUCCCAUCUUGCAAGAGGGUGUAGAUGAAGAGAAAUUAAAGCAACUGAACUGUGUAGAAAUCUCGACACUGAAUGGCAAUCACAUCAAUGUCCCUAUGGUACGCAAAAGAAGCGUCUCCAAUUCCACCCAGACCAGCAGUAGCAGCAGCCAGUCAGAGACAAGCAGUGCUGUCAGUACCCCUAGCCCCAUUACGAGGACACGCAGCCUCAGCACGUACAGCAAGAGAGUAGGAAUGUACCUAGAAGGCUUUGAUCCUUUCAACCAGUCAACAUUCAAUGAUGUCCUAGAGCAGAACUUUAAAAACCGGGAGAGCUUUGCAGAAGACACUGUCUUCUUCAUUCCAGAAGACCACAAGCCAGGAACCUUUCCCAAAGCCCUCUCCAAUGGGAACUUUGCACCCUCACAGAAUAGCACAUCUGUGAACUGGAGAACAGGAAGCUUCCAUGGACAUGGGCAUCUCACUCUCAGGAGGGAGAACAGUUCUGACAGCUCCAAAGAGCUGAAUAUUGGAAAGAGACGCAAUUCCUCCAGCUCCUUGUGCAGUCGCCUCAGCAUUUACGACAACGUGCCAGGCUCAAUUCUCUAUUCCAGCACAGGCGACUUGGCUGAUCUUGAGAAUGAAGACCUUUUCCCUGAACUCGAUGACAUCCUGUACCAUGUCAAAGGCAUGCAGAAAAUUGUGAACCAAUGGUCAGAGAAGUUUUCAGAUGAAGGAGACUCAGACUCAGCUCUAGAUUCAGUAUCUCCAUGCCCUUCAUCUCCCAAGCAGAUCCUCCUUGAUGUGGACAAUGAUAGGACAAUAGUCAGUGAUCUGGACAGCACAGGGAAUUCACUGAAUGAUACAGAAGAGCCUACGGGUCUUCAGGAAAGGAGGGACUCUGGGGUGGGUGCAUCGCUGUCAAGGUCUAACAGGCAUCGAAUGAGGUGGCACAGCUUUCAGAGUUCCCAUCGACCAAGCUUAAGCUCAGCAUCAUUGCAGAUUGACUGUCAGUCCGUGGCACAGAUGAACCUGCUGCAGAAGUAUUCCCUUUUGAAAUUAACUGCACUCCUGGAGAAAUACACACCUUCUAAUAAGCAUGGAUUCAGCUGGGCUGUGCCAAAGUUCAUGAAAAGGAUAAAAGUCCCAGAUUAUAAAGACCGAAAUGUGUUUGGAGUUCCCUUAACAGUGAAUGUCCAACGUACAGGGCAGCCUCUUCCUCAGAGCAUUCAACAAGCCAUGAGAUACCUUCGCAACCACUGCCUGGAUCAGGUUGGCCUUUUCCGAAAAUCUGGGGUCAAGUCGAGAAUACAGGCAUUACGACAGAUGAACGAAAGCUCAACGGGCAGGGUCAGCUAUGAAGGGCAGUCUGCUUAUGAUGUGGCUGACAUGUUGAAGCAAUAUUUCCGUGAUCUGCCUGAACCACUCUUGACCAACAAACUUUCAGAAACUUUCUUACAAAUCUACCAGUAUGUGCCAAAGGACCAGCGACUCCAGGCGAUCAAGGCGGCCAUUAUGCUCCUACCAGAUGAGAACAGAGAAGUCCUACAGAUCCUCCUAUAUUUUUUGAGUGACGUCACGGCUGCUGUGAAGGAAAACCAAAUGACGCCAACAAAUCUGGCUGUGUGCUUAGCGCCUUCCCUUUUCCACUUGAACACCUUAAAGAGGGAAAAUUCUUCACCAAGGGUGAUGCAGAGGAAACAGAGUCUAGGAAAACCUGAUCAGAAAGAUUUAAAUGAGAAUUUGGCUGCCACACAAGGCCUGGGCCACAUGAUUGCUGAGUGCAAGAAGUUGUUUCAGAUCCCUGAAGAAAUGAGCAGAUGUCGCAACUCUUAUACAGAACAAGAUCUUAGGCCUCUGAGCUUGGAGGAACUGGGGAGAGCUCAUAACUCUAACUCUGAGACUGCAGACUAUCGCUCUUACAUCCAAGACUGUAUGGACGAUUUGCUGAAGGAGGUUAAAGACAAAUUUAAAGGCUGGGUCAGCUGUUCCACCUCAGAGCAAGCCGACCUUGCCUGCAAGAAGGUUUGUGAUGGUCCACCUCUCCGGUUGUGGAAAUCCACUGUUGAAAUCCCUGCAACUCCUGAAGAUGUCUUAAACCGUAUACUUAAAGAGCAGCAUUUUUGGGAUGAAGAUCUUUUAGAUGCAAAAGUGGUGGAGACUUUGGAUAGCCAAACCGAUGUUUACCAAUAUGUGCAAAACAGCAUGGCACCACACCCAGCCAGAGACUAUUUAAUUCUAAGGACUUGGAGGAAAAACCUAUCUAAGGGAGCUUGUGCACUUUUAAGCACCUCAGUGGACCAUGACCGUGCCCCAGUUCUUGGUGUCAGAGUGAAUGUGCUCCUGUCCAGAUAUCUCAUUGAACCCUGUGGAUCAGGAAAAUCCAAGCUCACUUAUAUGUGCAGAAUGGAUUUAAGGGGACAUAAGCCUGACUGGUACACAAAGGCUUUUGGACACUUGUGUGCAGCGGAAGUGGUCAAGAUCAGAGACUCUUUCAUUAAUCAGAACCUUGAGACUAAAGAAGCAAAAUCCAGGUGACAACUGAAGCGAAUCCACAAUUCAUUGGCAUACACAGCUACAUUCAGGAACUGUUGAUGGUGUGCUCCAGAAUGGAUCGUAGUGGGGCCUGCUAAGGUCCCGAAGAAGGAGUGUUUUGAAUGGGUCUGACAUUCACUCAAAAGUCUGUUGCAAUACAGUUCAUUUUAAAGCUGCUUCCUCUUGAUCUUAGGACUAUACUGUAGGCCUUGACUGGAAUAUAUUGGAUGGUGCAACUAAACAAAAAGUAAUAUUACUCAUAUGUUUGUUGAAACAGUGUGAUUUGCUUCUGAGAAGCAAAACUCUUAAGAUGUAAAUAUAUUUCUGGAAAAUAAUGGAAAUGAUUCAUUCCUAUAUAAUGUUAGAUUUGUGUGUGUGUCUGUGUGCUAUUUCUCGAGGGACUGUUUCAUCCACUGGAUUUGUUGGCAUUCUUCAAUGGGUUCUCGCUAAUGUAAGUGAAGGAAGGUUUGCACAGAGCCAGAGGGUAUGGAUUAGAAGACAGAGCAGUAAGUAAGUAUCAGAGUGUCCGGCACACUUCAGAGCAAUUGGAAAGAGUAAAACAUGUGAGGGGGAUGUUAACUUACAGCCCUUGUCUACAGAUUAUCACAAGCUUUGGUUCUUCACUAUUAGGGUUCAGUCUUGUAUGUUUCAAAAAAGGAAAAUUGAGACUUAUUUGGCAGGGAAGGCAGAAGACAAAAUAUCUUAAACUGAUGUGUUAGUUUAAUUAACAUUAUUUUUUUAAAUUCCCAGUGGAUUUCAACAUAUUUCUUUUGUAGUGGCCGUAGUUCUGUACAUGUUCCCAUAUGAAAGCUUCUCCAGCAUUUACAUUGCGUGCAGACUGAUCUGAGCUUGCCACAGCAGAAAACUAGCAUUAUUCACAGCUUCCCCAUUAGUUCCUUUGCAUGAACUAUAGAUUUACUGCGCGAUUUCAUGUUUUUCAGUGUUCACUUAAAAUAUCAUGGAUAUACAGAUGUACCUCAGUACAUAAAGCAUAUGUGUUCCCAAGCAUUGCUUUUUUAUAUAAAAUAGUACGGACAGCAGAAAUAACAUAGAAAGAAUAGAGAUAGAUUCCUAACACCGUAAAAAAGUACAGUUCGACAUGUUUAAGGAACAUGUUUUAUUCAGAACUGUCCAUAUGCACAUAAACAGCAGGUAGGUAAGCCUUUCCUAAAUAAGCAAAAACAUUUUGAACUUUCUAGAAACAAUUUGAGAAAGUUUUUUCCAAAGUGUAUGGAUGUCUGCCUUGCCCUUUUUUCUUUUAUCACAUAGUAUUCCACUGCAGCAAUCUAAAUGGGUGCAGAUCUCUGGUGCUUCUGCUGAAGGACUCGGGAUGAAUAAUUAAAAUCCUGAACAAAAAGGGUUGUCUUCUACCUUACUAAGUUGGGAGUGAGCUUUGAGAAUCGCCUAAUGCUUGUCUCUCUCUCUUCACCAGAGGUAAUGUGUUUUAGCUCCACAAAAUAUUUGGCAGCAUCCUAAAGAAUCUCCUGUCUAAUUGAAGUCUAUAUACAGCUGUAGCUUCAGAUUUAACAGGUAAAGCCCACUUGGACUGGUGCCACCAAGGAGCUAUCUUCUUCCAUUGAAUGGGAAGGAACUCACUUCUAGUGAACAUGUGUCCGAAAGCCUUUAUAAAAAGAAGCUUCACUCACAGAUGCCUUGUUAACUGAGGUAUUCCUGUAACACUCCAAAACCUAAAUGUGCCUAAAGUGGUAGCAUCCAAAUUUUUGUUGUCUCAGAGAUAGUUACUCAGAAUCAGAGAUAGUGACUCAGAACUAUGGCCCUAUAUAUGUGUGUGUAUGUAUGUACAGUAGAGUCUCGCUUAUCCAACAUAAACGGGCCAGCAGAACGUUGAAUAAGUGAAAAUGAGGGAUAAUGAGGGAUUGAGGAAAAGCCUAUUAAACGUCAAAUUAUGUUACAAUUUUACAAAUUAAGCACCAAAAUAUCUUUUACAACAAAUCGACAGAAAAUGCAAUUCAAUACACAGUAACGUUAUGUAGUUAUUACUGUAUUUAUGAAUUUAGUACCAGAACAUCACAAUGUAUUGAAAACAGUGACUACAAAAGCAUUGACUACAAAUGAAGAUAGAACUGCAUAAAAUGAACUUACAGUAACAACAUUGUCGGAAGUUAAAUCAGUAAAAAGUUCAAUCCCGUGAAGAUUUUUUUAAAAUCUGUGAUCUUUGUCUGCCUAGAGAAACAGCAGUGAAUCCAGGCGGGAGACAGACUUUGUUGGAUAAUACAGAACGUUGGAUGAGCGAAGGUUGGAUAAGCGAGACUCUACUGUAUAUAUAAAUAUUGGGCUUUUUGUUUUGUCUGAUAUUUGACUCCCUUUGCCCCACUCAUAAAUAUAUACUUACUAUACUUUACCCUGGCUAAAAUACUGUAACAAGCAGGAGUCUUGAUAGCCUCUCAUAAGAAUAGAAAAGAAACAGAAGAGAAAAGGGUAGAUGUGAAAUUCUAUUCAGUAGUUCAAAAAACAGCACUGGAUAUUGUCAUAAUUGGAGGAUUAUGAAGUUCAAAAAAGAUUAGGCGUAAUGGGUGCUAUUAGGAGUCCUAAGGUGUUCAUAUAUUCCACUAUAACUCUAUAAAACUCAUUUAUUCACAUGGUUUGGAAAAAAACUGCCAAAAUAUCCAGAGAUUCUGAAGUUUUAAUUGUUAAAAAGAAAGUAUUGUUUGCUGCCAUCAGAUAAUGUGGCACAAUGUGAAGGACUACAAGUUAGGGUGAACGGAUCUUCAAAGGAUGAGGCAUUCCAUUAUACAAGCGAGUAACCCUUAAAGGAAUAUCCAGACCUAUAAAUUAUUCGUAUAUCCUACAUUAGCCACGUUAGCAAUAAGAAAUCAAUUACAACAUUUGGACAGAUAUUCGUAGAAUUGUAUCGUAUUGUUCUUCUGUAUAAUGUCAAGUGUUAUAACAAAUCUAAUUGUUUUUACCUGUAUUAUUCUUUUUUUAAAAAUUCAUGGGACAAAAUAUUUCCCAUACUUAUUAAAGAUUCUUGGUGAGGUGUGGCAAUCAUGAUGAUUUUAACAGUCAGUUAAACCCUUGGGAACUCAUUUUUUUAUAACCAUGAUGAUUUUGUCACAGAAAUUUACUGUUUAAAAAAUGUGCAAACUGGGAAUAAAGUGUGGCCCACCUUUCCCUUCCUGAGCAUUUGAGAAAGCAUAAUGUUCUUCGGGAGAACAUAACCAUGAGGUUAAAUGAGCAAAACACUUGGUCUUGCAGUUCAAUGGUUAGGAUGUGCCCCCAAAAAAGACACUGACUGACCCUUGCUAUGAAUCUUGUUUCCACCCAUCCAAAAUCCCACGUGGCAUGAGGAUUGUGCUUUGGUGUAAAGAUGCAGUAUUAGUGUAGAGAUGCACUGAACCAGUGUAAGUAAGGAGUGAAUGUAACGUGGAAAGUCGUUUGUUUGUGUAUUUGUGUGAAGACAAGACUUCCUACAGAAUAUCUGCUCUAAUAGACGUUCUCGCGGGGGGGGGGGGGGGCUGUUCCCUCAACCCCUGCCUUUUUGCCCUUCCUGCUCUUCUCCCUCCAGCCAGAGAUGACUGCUGAUACUUGUAUUAAAGACAGUGUGAAAAGCUGGAUGAUUGGUUUCAUCUUGCUGACUCACAUAAAGGAAGUGUGCGACCUUGAAGUUGUCACCUUUCCCCCAUCUUAGGGCAGAGGCAUGGCUGGAACCAGCCCCUUGUUACCAUUUUCAGUGUUACUUAAGUGUAUAUAUAGUGUGUGUGAUGAAGAAUUGUGGUGUUUUAAGAUGUGAUGUACUAGAAUUCCUUGCAAUAGCACUAUUACUGCUUGCCCUGCUUUUUUAAUGUCAGUAUCUCAUAUUACUUGUUUUUCAUGUGUUCCUCUGUGCUCAGGCUCUGCUGUUUGUAUGUUACAGCUUAGGAUUCAGGAGCAGGGAGACCUGCAACAAAGAACAUAGGAGAGGCAAGGGCACCUCCUUGUAUGUUAAUCUACUUACAGCUUAGCCAAGUUAAUUUUUUUCAUUCACAAUUCCAAAAAUCCUCAUUAGCAUGCCUGCCGCCAUGCUGAUGAGUGGAUUCUUAGUGGGAGGAAAGUAGCAUUGCCAACCUUUUGGUCUACUUGCUGUAAGAAAAUUCCUGGUAUAACAUUCUUCAGGUUUUCUAUUUGACUCUGGAGAGCCAAACUUACCUAUAAGAAUUUGAGAGAUGAAGCCCUUUGUGGUCCACACUACUCUGGGGCCAAUGUGACCUGGCAGCAAUAUUGUCCUAAGUCCUAUCCUUACAACAUUAGCCUAAAACAUUUACUGGGCAACAAAUCAAUUUCGGUAACUAUGAAGCCCACUACCAGGCAAAUUGUGUUAAUUAUUGCACCAUAUAGUAUUUCGCAUCACUAGGGAAACAGUGUAUUCUUUAUAUGCUUUUUACAUGUUUAAAUGUGUACAAAAAUGGAUGUUGUAUAUACCAUCUGUUGUCAGCGUGUAUACGUGUUCACAGUUUAUUGUCCAACAUAGAUAAAGCAUGAAAGUAAUUAUUUAAAAUAUACUUGUAUUUAUACCUCAGAUACUCUUGGGGGGAAGCAGGAUAUUUGUACCUCAAGUUGUCUAUCCUUCCCCCUACCAUGUAAAUAUGUUCUACACAGUUAAAGUCUAAGUAAAAGGAAAAAAUGUUUAUAACUUGCUAUUAUACGUCUGUACAGAACAUAAUCAAUAAAUGCACUAUUAAAUGUU